GGGCGGGGCGGGCCAGGGGGCAGGGCGUGAGGAGGCCAGGACAGGGACGCUGCGGGUAGUGGAGGCAGGCCCUGCGUGGUGCAGCCAGCCCAGCGCGGUUAAGUGCAGCGUUCCCCGCGCCUGGCUCAGGCAGCCCCGGCGUCUCCGCCCCGCGCCCGCCAUGCCCGAGCAGCUCAGUGUCGCGGAGUUCCUGGCCGUCACCGCGGAGGACCUCAGCUCCCCAGCCGGGGCAGCAGCCUUCGCCACCAAGAUGCCCCGGUGCCGGGGGGCGGCUCUGGCACGGGAGGAGGUCCUGGAAGGAGACCAGGCUAUCUUGCAGAGGAUCAAGAAGGCUGUGCGGGCCAUCCACAGCUCUGGCCUCGGCCAUGUGGAGAAUGAGGAACAGUACCGAGAGGCUGUGGAGGCCUUGGGGAAUAGUCACCUAUCCCAGAACAGCCAUGAGUUGUCCACUGGCUUCCUGAACUUGGCUGUGUUCACCCGUGAGGUGGCCGCACUCUUCAAGAACCUGGUUCAGAACCUGAACAACAUCGUCUCCUUCCCGCUGGACAGUCUGAUGAGGGGCCAGCUAAGGGACGGGCGACAUGAUUCCAAAAAGCACCUGGAAAAGGCGUGGAAAGACUAUGAAACCAAAGUGGCCAAGCUGGAGAAGGAGAGGGAUCGAGCCAGGGUCACAGGAGGAAGCCACGGAGACCUGUCCCAUGACACACAGCGAGAGCGACGACUCUUCCAGCUGCAUAUGUGUGAGUACCUUGUCAAAGCUGGAGAAAGUCAGGUGAGACAAGGCCCAGACUUCCUUCAGAGCCUCAUCAAGUUCUUCCAUGCUCAGCACAACUUCUUCCAGGACGGCUGGAAGGCAGCUCAGAGCCUGUCCCCCUUCAUCGACAAGCUGGCAGCCUCAGUCCAUGAGCUUCGGCAAGCUCAGGAGGAGGAACUGCAGAAGCUGACCCAGCUCCGGGACUCCCUCCGAGGGAUGCUGCAUCUGGAGAGCAGGGAGGAGCACCCACACCGGAAGGACUCAGGGGGCGGUUACUGCAUCCACCAGCACCAAGGCAACAAGCAGUUCGGGACUGAGAAGGUGGGCUUCCUGUACAAGAAAAGUGAUGGGAUUCGAAGAGUCUGGCAGAAGAGGAAGUGUGGAGUCAAGUAUGGCUGCCUGACUAUCUCACACAGCAUGAUCAACCGGCCCCCGGUGAAGCUGACCCUGCUGACGUGUCAAGUGAGGCCAAACCCUGAGGAGAAACGGUGCUUUGACCUGGUGACCCACAACCGUACAUACCACUUCCAUGCAGAGGACGAGCUGGAGUGUGAGGCAUGGGUGUCGGUGCUACAGAAUAGCAAGGAUGAAGCACUGAGCAGCGCCUUUAACGGGGAGCCCAGUGGGGGCCAGUGGUCUUGGGGCACCAGGUUGGACACGGAGCCCCAAGACCUCAUCAAGAUGCUCAUUGCUGAGGUGAAGAGCAGGCCGGGGAAUGGCCAUUGUUGCGACUGUGGGGCUGCAGACCCCACGUGGCUCAGCACCAACCUGGGUGUGCUCACCUGCAUCCAGUGCUCGGGUGUCCACCGUGAGCUGGGCGUGCGCUUCUCCCGAAUACAGUCUCUCACCCUGGACCUCCUGGGCCCCUGCGAGCUGCUGCUGGCUUUGAACAUUGGAAACUCCCACUUCAAUGAAGUCAUGGAGGCCCGUCUGCCCUCCCACGGGAGCCCUAAACCCUCUGCUGAGAGUGACAUGAGUAGCCGCAGGAACUACAUUGUGGCCAAGUAUGUGGAACACAGGUUUGCACGCCAGUCCACACCUGAGCCCCAGAGGCUGAGGACAGCUAUCUGCAGCAGGGACCUCCUGUCUGUGCUGGAGGCCUUUGCCAAUGGGCAGGACUUUGGGCAGCUGCUGCCAGGGCCUGAUGGGCAGGCACCUGGAGAGCUCGCCCUGCAUUUGGCCAUCAGAGUCGCCAGCCAGGCUUCCCUGCCCCUAGUGGACUUCCUCAUCCAGAAUGGUGGCCACUUGGAUGCCAAGGCCGCAGACGGGAACACCGCCCUGCACUGCGCUGCACUCCACGGCCAGCUGGACUGUCUCAAGCUGCUGCUGAAAGGCAGAGCUCCAGUGAGGGCAGUAAAUGAUGCUGGAGAGACAGCUCUGGACAUAGCUAAGAAGAAACAGCACAAAGAGUGUGAAGAGCUGCUGGAGCAGGCACAAGCAGGGACCCUCACUUUCCCUCUCCACAUGGACUACUCAUGGGGACAUUCCUUGGAACAUGGCUUUGACAGUGAGGAGGAUGAGGAAGAAAAGCACUGUCCUGUGAAGCCCCCUGCUCAGGCCUGCUGGAGCAGUGGGAGGCUGGACAUCAGCAACAAGACCUAUGAGACCAUUGCUAGCCCGGGACCAGCUGCUUCCCAGAGCCAGAGUGAGGACAGUCCCCCACCCCUGCCCGUCAAAAACUCUUCUAGGACCAUCCUCCCAGGGCGAGCAGGACAUUCCAGUGGAGAUCGCUCUGAUACCCCCAGCCUGAGGUCAGAGUCUCCCGAGGUCUUAGAGAACCCAAACAGUCCAGCGUCUUCCUCAUCCAGCCUCACCAGCUCUGUGGAACCUGGGGGACUGAGCCUAGUCCCACCUAGUCCUGAAGAAGGCCUCCAGGAGCCACCAGGCACCUCCCGACCUGGGCCUACUUCUGGGAUCACCCCUACUGAGGUGCAUCUCCCUGUCAAGUUCAGCUCGGAGAGCACUCGAUCCUACAGACGGGGAGGUCGGGGUCUGGAAGACAGUCCCUCUGCCCGGCAGCCUCCGUCUAGAAAGAACAUUCCGGUCGGCCUCACGGAAGGAGACAGCUCAAAGACCGGGAUUCUCCCAGCAAGUUCUCUGCAACUUUUGCACGAUUAGCUCCUUGCUGACCCCUCUGCAUGGCCCACACUGGACCCCGACAUUCAGAGCUGAGACUUGAGCUCACAGAACUGGGAGCUCACCUUCCCUGGACCAUGCCCCUACCAAGACAAUGGUCCUUCUGUGUUGGGACUGACGUCCUGGGCCAGGCAGUCCUGAAGUUAGAUCUGAGGAGGCCCGGGCUAGGUUCAGUUACACAGCUCUCAAUCUUUACCAGACCAGGACUGUUUCUCACUACAAGGGCAGGACCUGCUCCCCACCCAUUCACAUUCAGGCACUGUCUUGUGGGCCAUUUAUCAGUCUAGUAUUUCCCUUUAAUGAAUUCCAGCUUUAUGUCCAGUCCUUUGCUAGGUACUAUGGAUGCCGCACGAAUAAGACAAGCAUCCCACAGGUGUGGUCCCUUGCUGGAAAACUGGUCUCAAGAACUGACUUGGAAUGAGCAGAGCCAGGUUGCAGAGGGUGGCUCUGAGCUCAGAGGCGGGACCAAUGUCACAGGGUCUCCUGUCUUAUCAUUGCAACUCUUACAACCUAGUUGUAGUUGGCCAAGGCCCAUGCAGCGCAGGCUGAGUACUCUGAAUGCCUCCUUUAGAGGGAGAGAGAGCCUUGCCCCCGACCCCCCACCUCCCCAGAGUCUGUACUGUGUUCCUCAGCUGGGAAGUAGAGUACAACUCACCCGUCUGCCUGCCUCCUUGGUUCAACAGGAAGGAAAGGAAUGGUCUGGGUUGACUGAUCCUACUGCUCUCCCUUUUCUCUUGAUCAAACCAGAAGCUUUCCAGUCUAGGGGAAGUGAGGGACCAAGAAAGGAGAGCAAACUUGAAGACUCUGCUUUCCAGGGCCAGAAAGCCCACCACUGGUCAGCCCCAGUUAGAAAACAGAGGCUGUCAGCAACUGGACAGCUGUUUUCAUAGCCACUCGCAGCUGGGUCCUACAGCUGUGGACCAAGCCAAACACGGGAGACCAGAGGGCACCCAGUGAAUGGCAGCAGUCUGUUCACCGUGGAGGCUGGGAUGCUCCUUGAUGCUAAAGAAGCAGGAUUGCUUCUGAGCCCCCCAGGGUUGGCUUUUGUUCAUCUCAGACUUAUUCUUUUAUUCAUCUCUAAUAAAGGAUUCUUGGGGGAGGGA